AUGGCGACGGACACCAGCUCCCCGCCACGGUUCUUCCACAUGCCGCGGUUCCAGCACCAGGCGCCACGGCAGCUCUUCUACAAGCGGCCCGACUUCGCCCAGCAGCAGGCCAUGCAGCAGCUCACCUUCGACGGCAAGCGCAUGCGUAAGGCUGUCAACCGCAAGACCAUUGACUACAACCCCUCGGUCAUCAGACACCUGGAGGUAAUGGACGUGAGAUGAAGCAUCAGUUUUAUUUUUAUUUUGUGAUCAAACUUUUGAGUUCUCUGGUGGCCCACUCAAUGAACACAUUUUUUCCAGCCACCACAGCACAGUCUGUUUCUAAAGAAACUGGACUUUGUGCACAGAGUAAUGGCAUUGCAUUGGAUAGCAGCCCAAGGCUCAACAUUAACAGUUGUCCUAUUUUCCAAGACAAGUAAAAAAAUAAAAAAUAACAAGCAAACAAGAAGAAUAUAGAUUUAAUUUGUCUGAAUGGACAAGUAAAAAAAUAAAAACUUUAUUCCGAUCAGAGGCCAACAUUGGAAUAAUAUUCAUCCAUUUUUCGUGUAGGCCUACAUAAAUAAAAAAAAGCCUGCAUGUUGAAGUGUAGGUAAUAUGCAGGUGAUAUUGGCUUAUAGCCUCAUGUCCAAACCGAUGCUGACAUGAGGGAGGUGGCAGAAAAUGUAGCCAAACUUUAAUAAGACUUUUAAUUACGUAAAUGUAGACUAAACGCCGGUCAUGUUUGACAAAUAUAAUGAAAGAUCGAAUCCUACUACACCGGCUCUGACACUCGUCAGAUGUGGCAGGGCUUGCAAACUAUCACAAAUUACAAAGGGAAACUCAGCCACGAGCUGCCCAAUGACGUGAACCUACCAGAAGAGCUGAAUGCCUUCUAUGCUCGCUUCGAGGCAAACACUGAACCAUGCAUGAGAGCACCAGCUGUUCCAGGCGACUGUGAUCAUGCUGUCCGUAGCCGAUGUUAGUCAGACCUUUAAACAGGAUAACAUUCACAAGGCCGCAGGGCCAGACGGAUUACCAGGACAUGUACUUGGAGCGUGCGCUGACCAGCUGGCAAGUGUCUUCACUGACGUUUCUCUUCCUCAAUAGUGUGCAGCGAAUUUUACUAGAUGAAAAGCCGAAAUGAGUAUGAUAUCCUGGCAUUUAAAGCAUACUACAUUUCCGAAAUGUUACAUAUUAUAAAGCUUAAUUUUUGCGCAUGCCUAAAAUGACUACCUUUUAGAAUGCAAGUAUGGGUAUUCGGACAUGGCCAGUUUCUAAUAUCCACACGCAGACAUGACCAUGAGCGCAGAGAGCUGUACUUGAGCACUCACUCCCACGUAUGUACAGUGCAUUUGGAAAGUAUUCAGAUCCCUUUACUUUUUCCACAUUUUGUUACGUUACAGCCUUAUUAAACAAUUUAUUAAAUUAUUAUAUUGCAUUUACAUAAGUAUUCAGACCCUUUACUCAGUACUUUGUUGAAGCACCUUUGGCAGCGAUUACAGCCUUGAGUCUACUUGGGUAUGACGCUUCAAGCUUGGCACACCUGUACUUCGGAAGUUUCUCCUAUUCUUCUCUGCAGAUCCUCUCAAGCUCUGUCAGGUUGGAUGGGGAGCGUCGCUGCACAGCUAUUUUCUGGUCUGUCCAGAGAUGUUCAAGUCUGGGCUCUGGCUGGGAUACUCAAGGACAUUCAGAGUUGUCCUGAAGCAACUCGUGCGUUGUCUUGUCUGUGUGCUUAGGGUCGUUGUCCUGUUGGAAGGUGAACCUUCACCCCAGUCUGAGGUCCUGAGCGCUCUGGAGCAGGUUUUCAUCAAGGAUCGCUCUGUACUUUGUUCCGUUCAUCUUUUCCUCGAUCUUGACUAGUCACCCAGUCCCUGCCGCUGAAAAACAUCCACACAGCAUGCCACCACCAUGCUUAACCGUAGGAAUGGUGCCAGGUUUCCUCCAGACGUGCCGCUUGGCAUUGAGUUGAAUCUUGGUUUCAUCAGACCAGAGAAUCUUGUUUCUCAUGGUCUGAGAGUCCUAUAGGUGCCUUUUGGCAAACCAAGCGGGCUGUCAUGUGCCUUUUACUGAGGAGUAGCUUCCAUCUGACCACUCUACUACCAUAAAGGCCUGAUUUGUUGGAGUGCUGCAGAGAUGAUUGUCCUUCUGGAAGGUUCUCCCAUCUCCACAGAGGAAUUCUGGAGCUCUGUCAGACUGACCAGUGGGUUCUUGGUCACCUCCCUGACCAAGUCCCUUCUCCCCCGAUUGCUCAGUUUGGCCAGGCGGCUAGCUCUAGGAAGAGUCUUGGUGGUUCCAAACUUCUUCCAUUUAAGAAUGAUGGAGGCCACUGUUCUUGGGGACCUUCAAUGCUGCAGACAUUUUUUGGUACCCUUCCCCAGAUCUGUGCCUCGACACAAUCCUGUCUCGGCGCUCUACGGACAAUUGCUUUGACCUCAUGGCUUGGUUUUUGUUGUGACAUGCACUGUCAACUGUGGGACCUGAUAUAGACAGGUGUGUCUUUCCAAAUAAUGUCCAUUCAAUUGAAUUUACCAAUCAAGUUAUAAAAACAUCUCAAGGAUGAUCAAUGGGAACAGGAUGCACCUGAGCUCAAUUUCGAGUCUCAUAGCAAGGAGUCUGAAUACUUAUGUAAAUAAGAUAUUUCUGUGUUAUUUUUAAUGCAUUUGAAAAAAUGUCUAAACCUGAUUUCGCUUUGUCAUUAUGAGGUAGUGUGUGUAGAUUGAUGAGACAUUUUUUAUUUAAUCCAUUGUAGAAUAAGGCUGUAACGUAACAAAAUGUGAAAAAGGUCUAGGGGUCUGAAUAUUUUCUGAAUGCAUUGUAUUUGGCUGAAAUGUAUGUGAAUGCAAAGACCUUUGUCCCUUUUUUCAUGGUUCCUUAAAUGCUUUCUUUUUCUUGACUGCAGAAUCGCUUGUGGCAGCGAGACCACAGAGAUUUCCGUGCCAUCCAACCAGAUGCAGGAUGCUACAAUGAUGUAAGUAUGGACAGAUACUAGGCUUAUAUGAUUUACAAUUAAAACAGUGAUUUUGACCUUCUGUUGUCCGUGAGCCAGUAAGAAAAUAUGUUAUCAAUGAAUCCGUGUCAGGGUGUUAGCAAGUCCCUCUUCCUGGCUAGAUUUGAUGUAUUUUGUACCCAUUUUUAGACAAUAUGCUGAAAUGUCUCUUUUUUUCUCUCAUCUCCCUUUAUUCCUCUGGCUCUUGUAGCUGGUUCCUCCUGUGGGCAUCUUGAGUAACCCCAUGAACGCAGUAACCACAAAGUUUGUCCGAACCUCCACAAACAAAGUAAAGUGCCCCGUCUUUGUCAUAAGGGUAAGUCUCUCCUCACACACUUUCCUCAUUUGUUCAGGGCAGAUUACUUGUAUCACUCUGAGACCAUGUGAAGCCCAUAGUGCAUGGGUAUCACUCAAUUCCUGGAGGGCUGUGUGUCGUCUGGUUUUUGUUAUUCCAUUUUGUGUCCAAUGAAGACCGAGACAACCAGGUGAAGGGAUUUCCUAACUAAUCACUAGACAAGUUUCCAUUGAACCGGGUUUAUUCGAUGAAAGCAAAGUCUCAAAAAACAUUGCGAAAUGUGAAAUGGAAAAGGCAGCUAUAGGAGAAAUUAUAGGAGAAAUGUUCUAAAGAUGGGCAAAGUUUGUAUCUGUUAGACGGAUGGAUUUUCUUUUGUCUAACUUUCUUUAUUGCGACAAAUGAUGGAAAGUGUUUUUCUAAAUAAAUGAUGGCAGAAUAAUUUUGAAGGUAUUUGAAGAUACGCGUGUAUCUAUAAAGCGCAAAUCACAUUUACGUAAGUAUUCAGACCAUUUACUCAGUACUUUGUUGAAGCACCUUUGGCAGCGAUUACAGUCUCAAAUCUUCUUGGGUGUGACUCAAGAAGCUUGGCACACCUGUAUUUGGGGAGUUUCUCCCACUCUUCUCUACAGAUCCUCUCAAGCUCUGUCAGGUUGGAUGGGGAGCGUUGCUGCACAGCUAUUUUCAGGUCUCUCCAGAGAUGUUUUAUCAGGUUAAUGUCUGGGCUCUGGCUGGGCCACUCAAGGACAUUCAGAGACUUGUCCCGAAGCCACUCCUGCGUAGUCUUGGCUGUGUGCUUAAGGUCGUUGUCCUGUUGGAAGGUGAACCUUCGCCCCAGUCUGAGGUCCUGAGCGAUCUGGAGCAGGUUUUCAUCAAGGAUCUCUCUGUACUUCACUCCGUUCAUCUUUCCCUUGAUCUUGACUAGUGUCCCAGUCCCUGCCGCUGAAAAACCUCCCCACAGCAUGAUGCUGCCACCACCAUGCUUCACCGUAGAGAUGGUGCCAGGUUUCCUCCAGACGUGACGCUUGGCAUUCAGGCCAAAGAGUUCAAUCUAAUCUUGGUUUCAUCUGACCAGAGAAUCUUGUUUCUCAUUGUCAGAGUCCUUUCGGUGCCUUUUGGCAAACUCCACGCGGGCAGUCAUGUGCCUUUUUAUUGAGGAGUGGCUUCCGUCUGGCCACUCUACCAUAAUCUGAUUAGUGGAGUGCUAUAGAGAUGGUUGUUCUCCCAUCUCCACAGAGGAACUCUGGAGCUUUGUCAGAGUGACCAUUGGGUUCUUGGUCACCUCCCUGACCAAGUCCCUUCUCCCCCGAUUGCUCAGUUUGGCCAAGCGGCCAGCUCUAGGAAGAAUCUAGGUGGUUCCAAACUUCUUCCAUUUCAGAAUGAUGGAGGCCACUGUGUUCUUGGACCCCUUCAAUGCUGCAGAAAUGUUCUGGUACCGUACUGUAACGUAACAAAAAGGGAAGGGGUCUGAAUACUUUCCGAAUGCACUGUAGAGCUUGAUUUAUAAGAGAAAAACAAAACCAUUUCUCUAAAUAUGCUUUGUUGCACAAUUAAACAUCAAUACACUACAUUUCAAACAAUCUGGAAUAAUCUAAUGAAGGCUUGUAAAAUUAUACGUAGGCUAAAUAUAAGCCUUGAACCAUAACACCCACUAAUCAUUUAAUUAUUUGAUCAAUAUAGUUUAACCUGCUUUUUUUCAAUAAUCACUGAUCUGGCUUUCAAGUCUGUCUACGAAAAUGCCCUUUUUACAAAUGUAAAUGGAACCGUGCACAUUGCACAUCCACUAAUAAUGACCAACUUCUGGUAGCAGGCAUUUUAGAAAACGUAUACAGGUCUCAUAAACAAUCUCUCAAGCACAAGCCCACUGCUAGUGAGUAGCCAGCUAAUCUUUAUACACUGCUCAAAAAAAUAAAGGGAACACUAAAAUAACACAUCCUAGAUCUGAAUGAAUGAAAUAAUCUUAUUAAAUACUUUUUUCUUUACAUAGUUGAAUGUGCUGACAACAAAAUCACACAAAAAUUAUCAAUGGAAAUCAAAUGUAUCUGGAUUUGGAGUCACCCUCAAAAUUAAAGUGGAAAACCACACUACAGGCUGAUCCAACUUUGAUGUAAUGUCCUUAAAACAAGUCAAAAUGAGGCUCAGUAGUGUGUGGCCUCCACGUGCCUGUAUGACCUCCCUACAACGCCUGGGCAUGCUCCUGAUGAGGUGGCGGAUGGUCUCCUGAGGGAUCUCCUCCCAGACCUGGACUAAAGGAUCCGCCAACUCCUGGACAGUCUGUGGUGCAACGUGGCGUUGGUGGAUGGAGCGAGACAUGAUGUCCCAGAUGUGCUCAAUUGGAUUCAGGUCUGGGGAACUGGCGGGCCAGUCCAUAGCAUCAAUGCCUUCCUCUUGCAGGAACUGCUGACACACUCCAGCCACAUGAGGUCUAGCAUUCUUGCAUUAGGAGGAACCCAGGGCCAACCGCACCAGCAUAUGGUCUCACAAGAGGUCUGAGGAUCUCAUCUCGGUACCUAAUGGCAGUCAGGCUACCUCUGGCGAGCACAUGGAGGGCUGUGCGGCCCCCCAAAGAAAUGCCACGCCCACCAUGACUGACCCACCGCCAAGAAGACGAGCACAGGGCGCCAGUGGCGAAUUUGCCAAUCUUGGUGUUCUCUGGCAAAUGCCAAACAUCCUGCACGGUGUUGGGCUGUGAGCACAACCCCCACCUGUGGACGUCGGGCCCUCAUACCACCCUCAUGGAGUCUGUUUCUGACCGUUUGAGCAGACACAUGCACAUUUGUGGCCUGCUGGGGGUCAUUUUGCAGGGCUCUGGCAGUGCUCCUCCUUGCACAAAGGCGGAGGUAGCGGUCCUGCUGCUGGGUUGUUGCCCUCCUACGGCCUCCUCCACGUCUCCUGAUGUACUGGCCUGUCUCCUGGUAGCGCCUCCAUGCUCUGGACACUACGCUGACAGACACAGCAAACCUUCUUGCCACAGCUCGCAUUGAUGUGCCAUCCUGGAUGAGCUGCACUACCUGAGCCACUUGUGUGGGUUGUAGACUCCGUCUCAUGCUACCACUAGAGUGAAAGCACCGCCAGCAUUCAAAAGUGACCAAAACAUCAGCCAGGAAGCAUAGGAACUGAGAAGUGGUCUGUGGUCACCACCUGCAAAACCAGUCCUUUAUUGGGGGUGUCUUGCUAAUUGCCUAUAAUUUCCACCUGUUGUCUAUUCUAUUUGCACAACAGCAUGUGAAAUUUGUCAAUAUGUGUUGCUUCCUAAGUGGACAGUUUGAUUUCACAGAAGUGUGAUUGACUUGGAGUUACAUUGUGUUGUUUAAGUGUUCCCUUUAUUUUUUUAAGCAGUGUAUUUAAAGUCUUGCCAACUUGGAUCUAUUUGCUUGCUCAAAAGGUAGAACAGUUGAACUGUUAUGAAUACACCCUCCUGUUCGUCUCCAACUGUUUGAACAACACAGCCUGUUCACUUUGUUUAGAUGUUGAAAUCAAGUGGCCAAGCUACCUGGAGAAGAAGAUGCUUAUUUCUCAGAAUGUGAACGAGUUGCUAAUCCCGUAUACAAAUGCAUUUUUUUAUGCUCAUUGUACAUUUGUAAAACACAGACUAUACAGCUAGCAUAAGUCUGUGGCUAUAAUGCUGCUAGUGAUACGUGGUGCCAAAUGCGACAAACUGAGCAUUCAUUUUCCUCAAUCAUGUUAAUUCUUGAUACUCCCGUCUUAGUAGGGACUGCUCUGUUCUAAAUGUUGGGAGUUGAGACAUAAAAAGGGUAUCGUUACAAAGGUUACGUUCUCCUCUAUUACAUGUUGGGACAUACCUUAAAUGCAAAUAGCAAGUUGAAACUGCUUGUUGUCAGAGAGGAAGAAGUGAUUUUCCGUCUCUUUUUUUUGUGAGUGGCAGGGGGAGGGGCUUAGUGUCUGUGUGUGAGUGGUAAGGUGCACAGAAGGAGCGAUGGAAACCAGACCAAAAAGACAAAGACUUAUACCUUGAUUCUUGCGAUACAGGCAUUUGGAACAUCAUGCUAAAACAUACAUUCAAAUUAAUCAAAUUAAUUUGAUAUAUCACCCAGCCCUACUUACAAUUAUUUCAGAAGAACAGGAGGGCAAGUUUUACCAUAGCACGGACCGUGGCGAUAUGUUGUCACAUGAGAAUGAUUAGAAUAUGGCAAAUAUUAGUCAAUUCUUGCAUUCUAGGGGGGGGGGGUGUCAUUACAUCCAACUGUUUUUAUCGACAACAGUUACAUGGAAAUGCACCGUAGCAGCCAAUUGUUGCAUCUAUUUUAUAUGCCAACUUUUUAAUGUUGCCAAAAAAUCGACAAUACUUUGGACAAGUUUAUGGAAACAUAGCUCAUGCCCUUAAUUGGUCAAUCAAGUACAUGGGACGAGCCAAAACCCACACACUCGGCCCACCAGGAAUUGAGUUUUCUGCAGAAUAUAAACCGGCACUUCAGAAGGUGAUUACUAAGUUCAGUCUCACUUAUCUAUUUUUGUUCCAUUUUUCAUUACCCCUUUAAUUUAUCCAACUGUUCCUCCCUUUCUCUCCUCGUCUCCUCCAUCCCUCUCCCUCGUUCAUAGUGGACUCCUGAGGGGAGGCGACUUGUCACAGGAGCCUCCAGUGGGGAGUUCACCUUGUGGAACGGACUCACCUUCAACUUUGAGACCAUCUUACAGGUAAAAAUUGAAUCCACCCUCCUACAACACUUUACAAUGAACUUAAAAAUUCAGAGAUGUUUUUGUUGUUGUUGAAAGGUGUAUUCAGCCGGCGGAGCCAAAGGUUAUGGUUAGGCAUGGGUUUGGAACCACAAGAAAUGCGGCGGUUGUAUAUCCACUGUCUUCUAGCCCCUGUGUUUUUGGUCCUGGUGCUUUCUCUGACGCUACGUCUGUCUCUCCUCUACUCCCCUCAGGCCCAUGACAGCCCCGUGCGGGCCAUGACCUGGUCUCACAACGACAUGUGGAUGCUGACGGCCGACCACGGCGGCUACGUCAAGUACUGGCAGUCCAACAUGAACAACGUCAAGAUGUUCCAGGCUCACAAGGAGGCGAUUAGAGAGGCCAGGUCUAUACACAAUCUACCAUUUUCUGUAGUUAACCCCAGCCUAUUACUGUUGUUAUUGCUGUUUCCCCUGAAAAUGAUUGAUAAAUGUACGUCUGUGCUGUCGCAACACUGCACUGAUCUUUUUUAUAUUUCUCUUAUUGCCUGUGGCUCAUGAUGAGUUGUGUAUCUUGAUUUUUUCUAUACAUAACUACUAUGUACAGAAAAGGUUGAUUUUCACGGUCUUGUUAAAUAAAGUGUUGAUCUAUAUCUAUACUCAAAAGGUAUUGACGCACGUUAAGACUACUGGUUUGCAUAGAUGAGCCCAGAGGGACAGAGUUAUACCGAAUAAAGUGGAGAGGUUGCACCUGAUGUUGGGACAUAGGGAGGUUUGAAUGUGGCGCACUUCCACAAGGGGGCAGUAUUAUCCCUCUUAUGGACCUUUGGGGAAGGCGUCUCACACACACAUAAGGUCACUCCAUCCACACACUUUGCCACGGUCCCGUGGUUGGUUUGAAGUUUUUUGAGAUGUAGGCAAACGCAUGUCUACAAUUCCCACCUUUUGGAUCCACCAAUAUUGCCACCCCCAUGUUGUCCGCCGUUGAGUUUAUCCCAGUGACAAAACCCACAUCCACAAGUGACCCCAUAGCUUCUUGAAUAAAGAUAAUUUCUGUUGAACACACAACCAAAUUGCCUCUGGGGUUAGAGUAGUUGGCUAUUACCCUUCACUUUGAAUUUCCACGCAACCCACAAGGUCGCUUUGACCACCCACCUUCCCAUCACCCCAAUUUCCCUGGUAUAUUGAAAGUUAAAGAUGCACUAUGCAGAAAUCGCUCCACCAUUGCCUCGUUGCUAAAGAUUCUAAUAGUUUGCUUAAUUGCAGUUUGUGACAAAACAAGCAAGUAUAGUGUAGAGAAUCAUUGUACCAUCUAAACCGCUGUGAAAUAUUGCAUUUUCAGCUGUUUGAAGCUUGUGUACAAAACCGAAAGUAAAAGAUGCAAAAACUAAACUUAAGAACGGGAAGCAUAGAGAUGGCACACGUUGAACAAAUCUACCGCUUCUUAGACUUGCUUUCAAUGAGUGACAGAUCUAUAACACACUUUUCUAUGUGCAUUUGGUUGGGUCGCCCAAAAAGUUACAUAUUGCAGCUUUAAUAUCUAAAUUGAAUGGGGCAGUGGAGUUAGAGAUAUUAUUUAAUAAAAGGUUGCCAUUGUGUAUAUUUCUACCUUUGGUGGUGGUUGCCUUCAUGGAGCUUUACGAAAAUAUUCAAUAAAGAUCAUGAAUAGGGUUUUAUGCUGGGUUUACCUCGUGACCUGUAACAUAACUUAAAGCUUCACUCUUGAAUACAUAACUUCUCAAUGCCACAACUUAUUUUCUUUGACUGUUAAUGUUUGAGGGGCACUUUUACUGUCUUGUUGUUAAUAUUUAACGUGCAUUGAAUCUCCAGGACCAAUUGAAAAUGAAGCAUCUUAGGGCUGUGGCGUAGCGUGUGUAUGCACGCAUUACUGUAAGUCGCUUUGGAUAAAAGCGUCUGCUAAAUGGCAUAUUAUUAUUAUUAUUAUUAUAUUAUAUUAUUAUAGCCCUGGGAAAAUUAUGACAGGAGGAAAAGGGCACUGACAUCAUACAAGCAUUGAUGGCUGUGCUCCAAAACUGAAGAUUGCAAUUAGGGAACUAGUCAAGAAGUUCCUCAGGUGUCUCUUGUGUCAGGUGUAGGCUGUCUUUGCUGUUGGUAUGAGUCACAUUUGGGCCUAGUACGUUAGUUCAUCACUACAUUACAACUGUUGCGUCAACUACAGACAGAAACAUAUUAUCUGAUUGACUAACAGGAAUGCACUACCUCAUGAUGCUGUAAAAAAAAUAAUAUAAGUUUGUCUGUUUUCAGACCUAGGCCUAAGCUCUGCAAAUCUGGAAAUGAUAUAGUGCCGCUGCCUAUCAUUUCCAUCAUUUUGUAAAGUGUAUAUUGCUUGAUCUAUAAAACAGAUCACCUUUGACAUAUCUCAACAGAAGUCCACUUUUGGUCAAAUACUACGGCUCUGUAAUCUCACCCUAGACAGCCCAGUUACAUUUUCCCCUAGCUUCUACUUCUUUGUGUGCACAAAUUGGAUUAGUUAAUGCAUUAUGGCCAACGUUUCACAAGGUCUAGUGGAGGGCAAGGCUGAGCUUUCGCCAUAUUGGCUUCACCUUUCUGAUCACCUCAGUCUGUAAACACUGAAGGGAAUAGGAAUAGCAAUGGGACUGGCCAAGAGUUGUUGAAGAUUAUGAAUGGCUUGCAGAUAUUGUGUAUGUUAAGAAAGGCAGGUUUAGAUUUAGUUUUUAGCUGGCUUGCUUACUGUUGCUUUAGUGUAAGGCCAAGACAAAUGCAGUUAUUGUAGGUAUUGGUAAUUUGAGUAUAGAUGGUAAUGCUUGUGUAAACUGAGAAAGAUGAAUUUAACUUGGGUUUACGUCUAGUGUGAAGAUUGCUUUUGGGUUACAGUUUAGACCUGAUUGUGUCUUUUUUUAAAAAUAAAUAAAUGGUUAUACAGGUGUACACUACAUGACCAAAAGUAUGUGGACACAUGCUUGUCGAACGUCUCAUUCCAAAAUCAGGGGCAUUAAUAUGGAAUUGGCCCCCCCUUUGCUGCUAUAACAGCCUCCCCUCUUCUGGGAAGGCUUUCCACUAGAUUUUGGAACAUUGCUGCGGGUACUUGCUUCCAUUCAGCCACAAGAGCAUUAGUGAGGUCGGACACUGAUGUCGGACGAUUAGGCCUGGCUCGCAGUCGGCAUUCCAAUUAAUCCCAAAGGUGUUCGAUGGGGUUGAGGUCAGGGCUCUGUGCAGGCCAGUCAAGUUCUUCCACACCGAUCUCGACAAACAAUUUCUGUAUGGACCUUGCUUUGUGCACGAGGGCAUUGUCAUGCUGAAACAGGAAAGGGCCUUCCCAAAACUGUUGCCACAAAGUUUGUGGCAACAGUUGUCUAGAAUGUAAUUGUAUACUGUAGUGUUAAGAUUUCCCUUCACUGGAACUAAGGAGCCUAGGCCAAACCAUGGAAAAACAUCCCCAGACCAUUAUUCCUCCACCAAACUUUACAGUUGGCACUUUGCGUUGGGGCAGGUAGCGUUCUCCUGGCAUCUGCCAAACCCAGAUUUGUCCGUCGACUGCCAGAUGGUGAAGUGUGAAUCAUCACUCCAGAGAAGGCGUUUCCACUGCUCCGGAGUCCAAUGGCGGCAAGCUUUACACCACUCCAGCCGACGCUUGGCAUUGCACAUGGUGUUCUUAGGCUUGUGUACGGCUGCUCGGCCAUGGAAACCCAUUUCAUGAAGUUCCCGAUGAACAGUUAUUGUGCUGACGUUGGUUCCAGAGGCAGUUUGGAACUCGGUAGUGAGUGUUGCAAACGAGGACAGACUAUUUUUACGCGCUUCAGCGCUCGGCUUUCCCGUUCUGUGAGCUUGUGUGGCCUACCGCUUCGCAGCUGAUCUGUUGUUGCAAAUCAAUCCCAGAACAACAGCAAAGGACCUUGUGAAGAUGCUGGAGGAAACAGAUACAAAAGUAUUUGUAUCCACAGUAAAACGAGUCCUAUAUCGACAUAACCUGAAAGGCUGCUCGGCAAGGAAGAAGCCACUGCUCCAAAACCGCCAUAGAAAAGCCAGACUACUGUUUGCAACUGCACAUGGGGACAAAGAUCGUACUUUUUGGAGAAAUGUCCUCUUUUCUGAUGAAACAAAAAUAGAACUGUUUGGCCAUAAUGAACAUCGUUAUGUUUGGAGGGAAAAAGGGAGGUUGCUUGCAAGCCGAAGAACACCAUUCCAACCGUGAAGCACAGGGGUGGCAGCAUCAUGCUGUGGGGGUGCUUUGCUACAGGAGGGACUGGUGCACUUCACAAAAUAGAUGGCAUCAUGAGGAAGGAAAUGAUGUGGAUAUAUUGAAGCAACUCAAGACGUCAGUCAGGAAGUUAAAGCUUGGUCGCAAAUGGGUCUUCCAAAUGGACUGACCCCAAGCAUACUUCCAAUGUCGUGGCAAAAUGGCUUAAGGACAACAAAGUAAAGGUAUUGGAGUGGCCAUCACAAAGCCCUGACCUCAAUCCUAUAGACAAUUUGUGGGCAGAACUGAAAAGGCGUGUGCGAGCAAGGAGACCUACAAACCUCCUUGAAAAUGUAUGCACUCACUAACUGUAAGUCGCUUUGGAUAAGAGCGUCUGCUAAAUGACUUAAAUGUAAAUGUUGCUCCCAGACAUUCCCACUUCACAAUAACAGCACUUACAGUUAACCGGGGCAGCCCUAGCAGGUCAGAAAUGUGACGAACUGACUUGUUGGAAAGGUGGCAUCCAAUGACGGUGCCACGUUGAAUGUCACUGAGCUCUUCAAUGUUUGUCUAUGGAGAUUGCAUGGCGGUGUGCUCGAUUUUAUGCACCUGUCAGCAACGGGUGUGGCUGAAAUAGCUGAAUCCGCUAAUUUGAAGGGGUGUCCACAUACUUUUGUAUAUAUAAUGUAGGUGUAGUUACGUUUUGGGUAGAUACGUUCUAGUGUAAUGACUCAACGUGUUAGUUGUGGGGCAAGACUGUUUGUUGAAUGAGAUAGUAUUUGUCUUGAGUUUCCGUCACUGGUCAGGUCAAGUUUUGUGAAUUUUGUUAAAUGCCAAAACACAGCUAGAGGGUGAGGUUGCUGUUGUGCCCAGGAAAUGCCCCCUAAGUGGUUGUACUGUACUAAGUUGUACUAGGAUUUGACCCUGUUGUAAACCCUGGGAGCCCAACUGUGUCUUCCUGCAUUGUUGAUUGUCUUCCUGCCUCACUCUGUCUUCAGUUUCUCACCUACGGAUAAUAAAUUUGCCACUUGCUCUGACGACGGAACCGUACGCAUCUGGGACUUUCUACGCUGUCACGAGGAGAGAAUUCUCAGAGGUAUGUUUUCUGUUGAAUACACAUACAGCUGUACCUAAUUGAUACACCUCACUGACCACUGACUCACCCCCGAAAACAUGUUCCUUUACUGUACCCAUAAGUCUGAACCAUCCAUGAACACAAACCUUUGUGAAUGAAUAGGUAGGCCUAUCCCAACACCAACUAGGCACGUUGCACGAGCAUUUAAUUGCAUCAAUUGUAUUUUAUAUAAUAUAGCUAUAAAGGCUAAAGCUAGUUCAGUUUCCAAACAUACAUGUCGUACAUAAUGUAUUUACAUUGUGAGGUUGGUUAGUAAGAGUUAUUCUUCCUAUAGCUUUUGAAUUAGUGAUUAGACUUAGGCUCUGCAGUACAAAAGCAUUGAUGUUCAGCAUGCUAUCAUUAGCAUAUUUAUUUAUUUCAUGUUUAUUAUUUUUGAUACACCAUAAUUAUGGCGUUCGAUAAACCAUAGCUAGGUUUUUGAAGCUGCAGUUACAGUUCACACCACUAUCUGCAGUAAUGAACAGCUGCUUCUUUUCAUCUAGCUAGCUAGAAGUGUUUAGUGUUAGGGCAAUAAUGCUUAUGUUGGGCGGUCAUCUCCUUUAAUAUCAGAAUUACAAAAUGAUUCACUUUUAAAUCAAAAGGGAAUUUAGUAUUUUGCACCUUAAUGUUAGAUGGUUUCUUAAUGUUUUCCUUAACAUUCCUUUAUGUUUGAUGGUUCUUCCCCUGAAAGUAGUCUAUGGGCCAGGAGAAACUGUAAUCCAUGGUUUGUUUCUUUUUUUUUAACAGCUACCACUAACUUGAGCUAACUUUUGCCACCGUUAGCUAAAAAUCAAUGGGAGGAAUGGGGCAUGCCUGACUCAUUAAAAAUGUAAUGGCCAAAUAGCUCAAUCAUUUGGUUUGACGUUACUUAAAGGUGAUUUUUUGUUGUUGCCGGGAACCACAUGCGAUCACUCCCAGUAGAUUUUUAGAUAACGAUAGCUAAAGUUAGCUGAAGUUUAGUGGCUGUUUAAAGAAACCGUGGAUUACAUUUUGUACUGGCCCAUCGACUACUUUCAUGGGGAGGAACCAUCUUACAUUAAGUUGUGAAAUACUGAACUUCCCCUUUUAAUGUUUCUUUCAACAUCAUUACAUGCACUAAUACAGUACAUUCGGAAAGUAUUCAGACCCCUUGACUUUUUCCACAUUUUGUUACGUUACAGCCUUAUUCUAAAAUGUAUGAAAUAUUUAUUUUUCAUCAAUCUACACACAAUACCCCAUAAUGACAAAGCGAAAACAGGUUUUUAGAAAUGUUUGCAAAUGUAUUAAAAAUAAACAAACACUACCGUUCAAAAGUUUGGUGGUCACUUAGAAAUGUCCUUGUUUUUGAAAGAGAAGCAUUUUUUUUGUCCAUUAAAAUAACAUCAAAAAGAUCAGAAAUACAUUGUAGACAUUGUUAAUGUUGUAAAUGGCUAUUGUAGCUGGAAACGGCUGAUUUUUUUAUGGAAUAUCUACAUUUAUGCUAUAUAAGGUCCCACAGUUGACAGUGCAUGUCAGGUCAUAAACCAAGCCAUGAGGUCGCAGGAAUUGUCCAUAGAGCUCCGACAGGAUUGUGUCGAGGCACAGAUCUGGGGAAGGAUAGCAAAAAAUGUCUGCAGCAUUGAAGGUCCCCAAGAACACAGUGGCCUCCAUCAUUCUUAAAUGGAAGAAGUUUGGAACCACCAACUUCCUAGAGCUGGCUGCCCGGCCAAACUGAGCAAUUGGGGGAGAAGGGCCUUGGUCAGGGAGGUGACCAAAAACCCGAUGGUCACUCUGACAGAGCUCCAGAGUUCCUCUGUGGAGAUGGGAGAACUUUCCAGAAGGACAACCAUCUCUCCAGCACUCUAACAAUCAGGCCUUUAUGGUAGAGGGGCCAGACGGAAGCCACUCCUCAGUAAAAGGCACAUGACAGCCCGCUUGGAGUUUGCCAAAAGAAACCUAAAGGACUCUGACUAUGAGAAACAAGAUUCUCUGGUUUGAUGAAACCAAGAUUGAGCUCUUUGGCCUGAAUGCCAAGCAUCAUGUCUGGAGGAAACCUGGCUCCAUCCCUACGGUGAAGCAUGGUGGUGGCAGCAUUAUGCUGUGGGGAGGUUUUUCAGCGGCAGGGACUGGGAGACUAGUCAGGAUCGAGGGAAAGAGGACCGGAGCAAAGUACAGAGAUCCUUGAUAAAAACCUUCUCCAGAUCGCUUAGGACCUCAGACUGGGGAGAAGGUUCACCUUCCAACAGAGCCCGGACUUGAACCCGAUCGAACAUCUCCGGAGACACCUGAAUAUAGCUGUGCAGCGAGGCUCCCCAUCCAACCUGACAGAGCUUGAGGGGAUCUGCAGAGAAGAAUGGGAGAAACUUCCCAAAUACAGGUGUGCCAAGCUUGUAGCGUCAUGUCCAAGAAGACUCAAGGCUGUAAUUGCUGCCAAAGGUUCUUCAACAAAGUUCUGAGUAAAGGGUCUGAAUGCUUAUGUAAAUGUCAUAUUUCAGUUUUUUUAUUUUUUAUAAAUAUGCAAACAUUUCUAAACACCUGAGUUUGCUUUGUCAUUAUGGGGUAUUGUGUGUAGAUUGAGGGGAAUAAAAAAAAUAUAUAUUUUAGAAUAAGGCUGUAAUGUAACUGUGGAAGAAGUCAAGGGGUCUGAAUACUUUCCGAAUGCACUGUAGGUUGAGCAGGAUUAUUAGUGAUGGUAUACUAUAUUCACAGGAACUGGUUUCAGUGCCCCAUACUCUUGUAUAUUAGUGCAUCAUAAGAGUACACGGUUUGGUGUGUUCUUUUCUGUAGUGUGUCUGUCUUAUGUCAGGAUCUUGAUGGUUCAGCAUGAUUCACAGUCACGUCAAGACAUCAAGUCUUUGUUGCAUAAACACCCUAGUCAGGAAAAAAACAUUCCUCCUUGAUUACAUGCUUUGGUUUCUUUUAAUAGUUGCUGGGAAGGGAUAGCCUGGUUGCCAGUCUCUGUUCAGCUAUUACAUUCCACUCCUUGUAAUUUGUCUUUGGCACAUGACACGGAGUACAAGGGGUGGAAUGUUAGACUGGUACCCAGACUUUUGAAGGGAUUGGGGGUAAUUCAUUGUAGUGCAUGUUUGCAUCCUUGUGCAAAUUGUAAUAAAAUGCUUCCAGCCAAGUAUGAAUAAAGCAAACAUCUUGUUAGUUAAUAUUAUGCUAAUAUUUUCACAGUUGCAGUCUGACAAUUUGUAUACGUUAACUAUUCACAGGCCAUGCAGAAAGUUUAGGCCUAAUCUGCAAUUGGCUUAAUUCACAGAUUCUGUACCGUGUGUGCAAGUUUACUUGUCGUCUGACUUCGGUUAAGGCCCUUAGGCUUGCUUUUUGCCUUGCAAUAAACAAAAUAGUUUUUACUGUUCUCAUUGAAGAAUAAUGCAUAAAUGAUCUCUUAGCCUACUUGAAAGCAGUUUGUCUUGCUUCUGUUUUUUGUUGCCUUUCAAUAAACUAAACUUUACUGUGCUCAUUGAAGAAUAAAUGCAGAAUUGUACUUUUCCUUGAAACCAGUUUGCCUUUUCUUGUUCCUCUAGUAGACACCCUGAUAUUUUGAAUAUAAGCUAGUGCAUUACCGUUGGUUGACAACAGUUGUUUUGAUUUGUGCUAUUGAGAAGCCGUAUGUGAAGUAAAACUAGAGCUGUGCACGCUAUACUCAAAGAUUUUGUGCAAAUCUUCCAUUGAUUAGUCUGUGUUGCCUUGAGUGAAUUGACUUUAAUUGAUCUAUUUCACUACUCCCUUAGUUUUGUUUCCACUAUAAGAAAUGGAUUGGUGAUGCAGCUAUCAAUUCACCCAUUUGUCAAAUGUUCUUAUACAAUUAAUGUGCUUUUACAGCAGAGAUGCCUUGCUGCACUUCUAGGUAAAAAUGUAUAUAGUACUAUAUCGUCAAAAGGCAAAAUACAGCAGAUUUUAACUGAACUGAAUGUGUUGUCUGGUGUAGUAAGCGGACCACAAAGCAUUUAAUGUGUUAAGUGAGCUGGAGUUGAUUCAAACAUUAACAGUUAUGAAGGACUGAGCACACUAUUUUCAAUGUAACUUGUCUUGCAUUUGUAUCGUUUUGAGUUAAUUUGAGCAGGUUUUUAAAAUCUAUCAAACUAAGCUAAUUGGAAUGUGUCAAGCCGGGAUUAUCUAAGAUGUAUCUUAGACUGUGAGGAUGCUGAAUCGCAGGGUAUUCAAUCUAGUGUAUGUGGCCAAUUAUUCACUUAUUUACACACACACACAAGCACUGUCAAUCUGCACCCAUUAAAGCCAGACAAAGUGAAUGAUGUCCUCUCUCACCCGCUCCCCAUGUUCUGUUUUACAUGGAAGUACAUUAUCACAAGCAUAUGUCUACCUGUGCACAUACCCUUGAAAUGGAACCCCUGUGUGUGCUUUCAUGUAAAUAUUUAGGCUGAACGGGUUACACACAAGAAUGCACUGCUUACAAUCACUUGACUUAAACUGUCAUAAAUCCCCACAUAUUUGUUUGUAGAACGUUAAACUGCACUUGGUGAUGUGAGGUAAAACAAAGGCAACGUUUAUUUGGUGUCAUGUAGUGCUUAUGUAGACCUGAAGAAGGGCUUACUUACUACUUGUAGACUCAAAAGGUACAAUUGUUGUGAGUGCCUAACACCCAGAGGAAUUGGCUUAGUUUUUAAAUUAGUAAUUUGUCCCAAAUUGUGACAAGGUCAAUCAGUCAUGUUAUCACCAAUGGCUUAUACAGUCAUCUAUCUCCUAUCACACAUGUACACAUUGUUAAACCUUGUUGGUGUCUCAAUUAUGUUUGGUCACCUUUUGUCCUCUUAUUUUUUGUCUAUUAUUCUCACACACACUUUGUAAUCUACCGGUAUGUGUAAUUACUUUGGAUUUUGUCUGCUACCACAUCUACUAUUUUAAUAAUAAUGAAUGCGCAUUGGUACAAGUAUAUUGCCCAAGUUUUAUGUUUACUUACCCAACAGUGAGUGAAGGUGGGAUUGAGUGACUCCCCUACACACACACAUGCUGUAUCUUUGUCAUACACCCGUAGAUCGCACCACCUCUUACAUGCACGUACAAGUGAACUAUUGUAUGUUUGUCCUGUCUUUUUGCCUCGAACACACCUACAGAUACUAAAGGUGAUCUUCCUCCACAGGUCACGGAGCUGACGUGAAGUGUGUGGACUGGCACCCCACUAAAGGCUUGGUGGUUUCUGGGAGCAAAGAUAGCCAGCAGCCAAUAAAAUUCUGGGAUCCCAAGACCGGACAGAGUUUGGCCACACUGUGAGUUUUACCCAAAGGCAGCGGAAGUGGCAUAAAGCACCUCAUCCCCAAAACCCAGAGCCCCCUGAGAAAUGAUCUAACAAAAUGUGGUACUUCUCGCUAACAAUUUGUGCUUUCUUGUUAAAAUUAUGUUGUUACCAUGUAGUUUCUCAGUAGAUGACAGAUGGUAAGGGAAGCUGUAAAAUAGUUCCAUCCUUUUUAAAAUGCUUGAGGCAACUUGGAGGACAGAAAAUAACUUAUACCCUUUUUACACUACUGUGCCAAGCUGAACCGUACUGUGCUGGCUCGGAUAUUCGUCCUUUCCACACGGUUCCGGCAGCAACUGGAUGCACAACCAUGCCAGCACAGUACAGCUUGGCUCAGCUUGGCUCUGCUUAGUAGUGUGUAAAAGGUAUCAGUCCCUUACUGUCUCUCUCUCCCCAUCUUUCCCCCUCCCUCUCCGUCAGUCAUGCCCAUAAGAACACGGUGAUGGAGGUGAAGUGGAACCUGAACGGUAACUGGCUGCUGACAGCGUCCCGCGACCACCUGUGUAAACUCUUUGACAUCCGCAACCUCAAGGAGGAGCUGCAGGUGUUCCGGGGCCACAAAAAAGAGGCCACAGGUAUGCUUUGGCUUGACUUACUUGACUUGGCCUAUUCCAUUUAGCACUUAGUUCAGCAAAUGGCCUCUGCUGUAGCUAGACUGUUAGAAUGUUAUGAUGCCAAAUGUUGCUUGGUUUAUUUACACUGUGUAUGCAUGUGCGUGUAUGUGGUUGAAGAUCAUGUGUGUUGCUAUUGAUUGUUUCUGCUGUGUGCUGCUCUGUCAAGGGUGUGAAUACGUUCUCUAUCGUUUUUACUGGUGUGCAGGGGAAACUCCUUGAGUUGACAGACCACUUUUAAUUUUUGUGGUGAUCCUGAGUUUGAGACAUUAAAAUGUGUGUUAACCCUUUGUCUCCUGUCUCCAGCUGUAGCUUGGCACCCUGUCCACGAGGGCCUGUUCGCCAGCGGAGGCUCGGACGGAUCCCUCCUCUUCUGGAACGUAGGGUAAGAGUGACAGCUCAACCUUCCAAUCGACACACAGGAUCUCAUUUCCUCUACCAAUCACUGGCCAAAGGCUUGAUUCCUUUGCCUGACUGUCAUUUCAAUGAGCAAAGUAAAACAUUUAUGAUAGCAAGCGUUAAUCGUGUGUAAGAGGCAAUGCUCAUAAAUGUAGUCUGGAUACCUCUGAAAGUGAAUAAUUCCUACACAAAGCCUAUAUUCAUGACAUUAUAGUUGUUACAAAGGACUGGGUUCAUUACCAAUUAUGACUGUUUCAUGUCACAUCCCGCUCUUAACAUGUAUUCCUACUGUGCUUUCUGUCAGGGUGGAGAAGGAGGUGGGUGGUAUGGAGAUGGCCCAUGAGGGCAUGAUCUGGAGCCUGGCGUGGCACCCACUCGGGCACAUCCUCUGCUCGGGAUCCAACGACCACACGAGGUAAGCUAACAAGUUACAUACAGUGCAUUCGGAAAGUAUUCAGACCCCUUUGACUUUUUCCACAUUUUGUUACGCUACAGCCUUAUUCUAAAAUGGAUGAAAUACAAAAUGUUCCUCAAUCUACACACAAUACCCCAUAAUGACAAAGCGAAAACUGUUUUUUAUAAAUUUUUGCAAAUGUAUUACAAAUAAUAAACAGAUACCUUAUUUACAUAAGGAUUCAGACCCUUUGCUAUGAGACUCGAAAUUGAGCUCAGGUGCAUCCUGUUUCCAUUGAUCAUCCUUGAGAUGUUUCUACAACUUGAUUGGAGUCCACCUGUGGUAAAUUCAAUUGAUUGGACAUGAUUUGCAAAGGCACACACCUGUCUAUAUAAGGUCCCACAGUUGACAGUGCAUGUCAGACCAAAAACCAAGCCAUGAGGUAGGAUUUUGUCAAGACACAGAUCUGGGGAAGGGUACCAAAAAAUGUCUGCAGCAUUGAAGGUCCCCAAGAACACAGUGGCCUCCAUCAUUUUUAAAUGGAAGAAGUUUGGAACCACGAAGACUCUUCUUAGAGCUGGCCACCCGGCCAAACUGAGCAAUCGGGGGAGAAGGGCCUUGGUCAGUGAGAUGACCAAGAACCCGAUGGUCACUGACAGAGCUCCAGUUCCUCUGUGGCAAUGGGAGAACCUUCCAGAAGGACAACCAUCUCUGCAGCACUCCACCAAUCAGGCCUUUAUGGUAGAGUGGCAAGACAGAAGCCACUCCUCAGCUUGUAGUGUCAUACCCAAGAAGACUCUAGGCUGUAAUCACUGCCAAAGGUGCUUCAACAAAGUACUGAGUAAAGGGUCUGAAUACUUAUGUGAAAGUGAUAUUUUUAAAAAUGUGUUUUUGGUUUGUCAUUAUGGAGUAUUGUGUGUAGAUUGAGGGGGAAAAAACUGUGUAAUUAAUUUUAGAAUAAGGCUGUAACGUAACAAAAUGUGGAAAAUGUCAAGGGGUCUGAAUACUUUCCAAAUGCACUGUAUACAGAAGACAUAGAGAAUCACAACAAGAGACGUGCAGUAACUCUACACCCAUACCAGAAUAUAUAAUGAACAAAAAUAUAAACGCAACAUGCAACAAUUUCAAAGAUUUUACUGAGUUAGUUCAUAUAAGGAAAUCAGUCAAUUGAAAUAAAUAAAUUAGGCCCUAAUCUAUGGAUUUCACAUGACUGGGAAUACAGAUAUGCAUCUGUUGGUCACAGAUACCUUUUUUUUUUUUAAGUACGGGCGUGGAUCAGAAAUCCAGUCAGAAUCUGGUGUAACCAUGAUUUGCCUCAUGAGGUGCGACACAUCGCCCUGGCAUAUAGUUGAUCAGGCUGUUGAUUGUGGUCUGUGGAACGUUGUCCCACCACUUCAAUGGCUGUGCGAAGUUGCUGGAUAUUAGCGAGAACUGGAAGACACUGUCGUACACGUCGAUCCAGAGCAUCCCAAACAUGCUCAAUGGGUGACAUGUCUGGUGAGUAUGCAAGCCGUGGAAGAACUAGGAAAUGUUUAGCUUCUAGGAAUUGUGUACAGAUCCUUGCAUUAUGGGGCCGCGCAUUAUCUUGCUGAAAAAUUAGGUGAUGCCGGCAAAUGAAUGGCACAACAAUGGGCCUCAGGAUCUCGUCACGGUAUCUCUGUGCAUUCAAAUUGCCAUUGAUAAAAUGCAAUUGUGUUUGUUGUCUGUAGCUUAUGUCUGCCCAUACCAUAACCCCACCGCUACCACUUUGUUCACAACGUUGACAUCCGCAAACCACUCGCCCACACGAUGCCAUACACGUCGUCUGCGGUUGUGAGGCUGGUUGGACGUACUUCCAAAUUCUCAAAACGACGUUGGAGGCGGCUUAUGGUAGAGAAAUUAACAUUCAAUUCUCUGGCAACAGCUCCGGUGGACAUUCCUGCAGUCAGCAGGUCAAUUGCACGCUCCCUCAACUUGUUGUGUGACAAAACUGCACGUUUUAGUGGCCUUUUAUUGUCCCCAGCACAAGGUGCACCUGUCUAAUGAUCAUGCUGUUUAAUCAGUUUCUUGAUAUGCCACACCUGUCAGGUGGAUGGAUUAUCUUUGCUAAGGAGAAAUGCUCACUAACAGAUGUAAACAUUUGAACACAACAUUUUAGAGAAAAAUGGUUUUUGUGCGUAUAGAAAAAUUCUGGGAUUUUUUAUUUCAGCUCAUGAAACAUGUGACCAACACUUAUGUUGCGUUUAUAUUUUUGUUCAGUGUAGACAGGGAAGCAAGACUAAGGUUGAAGAUAGGGGUGUAACGGAAUCCGGUUCAAAGGUACGAGCACAUCGGUCCGUGGGACUCUAAACCGAUCCUAGCAUGUAUCAGUCAGAAAACCAAUUAUAACUUUACGAACAACUGGUUCACUAAAGUUUUUUACUCGCAUAACUUUCUUUUUACCUUCCGAAAAUUCUUCUAAUAUUUUCUGACUGAACUGGGGCGUCCUCUCCUAUGUGUAACUGCGUGUGUAACUGUGUAUGACAGUAAUUGAUCUACAAGUCAUCUUGCAUGCCGAGCCACCCCAAUACCUGUCAUUAGCCUUUUGUAACAUUUCUACGCACGGUGCACAGCUUCCCGCGCUGUCCAACAAGAGGUAGGCCUUAAUGCUGAAUGGGAAAACUAAUGUCUAAAUGCAACAAAUGUUAGUGCAUCGAAUUGCACCGAAUAAUUUUCAACUAAAACGUAUCUUUCCUGUAUCAUGUCAGAGACAACAUGGCUCUUGAAUAGUCUUGAAAAGGGAAGAUGCACACCCCUGUUGAUAGACCUUCCUCCCGUAUUUCUAUUGUCCCAUGGUUUGCUAAUGACUGUUGGUAGGUUUUGGGUUUGACGUCCUCGUUGGCCGUAUACUGAAUGUGUCGCGAGGGUGGCAGAUAGCCAAGGCUUAGAGUGUGGGGGCCAUUAACCGAAAGGUCUCUAGUUCGAAUCCACGAGCCAACCAGGUGAAAAAUCUUUCUGUGCCCUUGAGCAAGUCACUUAAUCCUAAUUGCUCCAGGGUCGCCGUUGAUAAUGGCAGACGCUGCCCAUGACCCCACUCUCAAAGGGUGUCUCAGGGGAGUCCUAUUUCCAACUGUAUAAACCGUUGGAAAUAGGACAAACAUUAAGCACCCACAUUAUUAUUAAUUAUUAUUAUUUCGGAUGUGUCUGUUCCGAUGUGCUUUGAAGUGUUCCCUGCAUGAUUUCUAUCCCCAUUCAUCCCUUUCUCAGUAAAUUCUGGACGAGGAAUCGGCCAGGGGACAAGAUGAGGGACAGAUACAAUCUGAAUUUGUUACCUGGGAUGUCAGAGGAUGGAGUGGAAUACGGUAUGAUAUGUAGGAAUAUUGUGUGUGAGGUGUAAGUAUGUACACUGUGUGUGUUUUUGAAUUUGUCUGUGUAUAGGGCUCCACAGUGGAGGUGUCAUAAUACCCAGAAAACCUAGCGGUCAAACAGGGAAAUGGUUCCAAUCAUUUUUCCACAAUUCAUUUUUCCUGUAGGGAAUUUUAGAAACACUUAAAAUAACAAGAACCUAUAUCGCCAGGCACUCCUUUUUGGAAUAAGCCCACCUUAUCUCCAGUGUUUAAUGACCAGACCUUUAAGUCUUGGCUCCAAAGUGGCAUCAUGAAUUUUGAACGUGUACUAUGAUGGAUCUCUACUGUCAUUAAAUCAAUUACAAGAAAGAUUUGGAUUAUCCAAGGCCGAUUUUUAAGUUCUUACAACUCAGAAAUCUUAUUUAAUCGCUUCAACAGAAUCUGGAUGAACCAAAGGCAUCUAGCAUAGAAACAAUACUGAAAGAAGCUGCUACACCAAAGAAGUUGAUUGCCAAGAUAUCAAGGGUUGAUUGAAACUCUACCUGAUUGUUCAGAACCUAAUAAGGGGAAAAUGGGAAACUGAGAGGAACCAUUGGUUCACAGAUAUGUGAAAAUGCUCAUACCUGCUACUACAACCUAAGACAUAAACUACUGCAAUUUUAAGAUAAUUCAUAGGACAUUGCAUGCACUCCUGCCAGAAUGCAUGUAAUGCACCCAGAAAUGUAAUCUCUGUUGGAGAUGCAAAAAGCACAAAGGAACUAUAUUGCAUGGUCUUGUGAUAGACGGACACCAUUUUGGGAUAAUGUACAGGUUGUGCUAUAAUUUCAUUGUGUCUAGGAAUUUAUAUCCAUCCAUCUCCAUGAUUAUGUCUGUUGGGAAAUGUAAAUAUUGGUGAACAAUAUCAGAGAAAGUUUUGUAAUCUAGGUCUAAUUGCUGCAAAUAAAAUGUAUAGCCAUCAGUUGAAAAGCCUUAUAUUCACCCUCAAUAACAAACUGGAGGACUGAACUAUCUACUUAAACAAAAGUUAAACAAAAAAACAGAAAUAUUUGACAGAAUUUGGAAAACAUAUGUUGAUCACCUUAAAGAAGGUUUUGUAUAGUGGGCGUUUUGUUUUUGUGUUUGUGAGGUCCUGUAGAAGAAAAAAAAAAGUUUGAAUUGCAGCCAGACAUGUUUGUCUGGUCAAGGUUACAUGGUGUCACCAUUUGACUUGUGUUUCUGGGUCUGUUUGUUUUCCAGAUGAUAUGGAGCCAAACAGCCUGGCUGCCAUUCCUGGCAUGGGGAUCCCCGAUCAGCUCAAAGCUGCCAUGGAACAAGAGGCAAACGGUGAGGACACACACGUUCGCACUUCUCAAACAAAUCUUAUCUAAGUCACAGAGAGGGGUUACGUUUUAGUUUUGUAGUUGAAUUAGCUCUAACAAAGUUGCAGCAAUUGGCUGUGACUUCCACGGUCUAUGCAGUUCCAGUAAGGUUGGAGUGGUAGAUUGGUGGACUAUGGGUAACGUAGUUUGAUUUUCUCAAGAUAAAGAGACUACACCUGAGGAGGAGAUGAGCAUCCCAGGUCUGGAUUGGGGGAUUGAGGAGAUUUUACAGAAAGACCAGAAGAAAGUGCCACAGAAGAAGGUCCCCUAUGCCAAACCCAUCCCUGCCCAAUUCCAACAGGUAACUUAGUCUUGAUUCAGUUUUGUUUACAUUAAUGUUGACAUCAAGAAAAAGAAGCAAGACAUGGGUCUGUUGUGAGUAAAUUAGUAUUUGCUCUGUGACAUCUGUCACUCUUUCUCCCUUCCUUUGUCUCCUCCCCCCUUUCCUUCCUUCAGGCCUGGGCAGAUAAUAAGGUACCUCUCGUGCCACCGGGAGGAGAGAAGAAAGAAAGGAUGGAUGAGAAGAAAAUGGAUGGGAAGACCAACCCGAUGAUGCUAGAGGUGAGAGGUCAGAGGCAAAGUGCCCGCUUUGAAACAAAGAAAUGCGUGACGAAAGUGUCAGUGACAAAAAUGUGUAAAAUGAAAGAGCGAUUGCAAGAGAAAUACAUUUUAGGUCAAUGGUCAACAAACCUAGCCCUGCAGUGCAGCUACAGUUGUUUGUUUCAGCUUAAAAGAAUAAUCUAUCUACAUUUGGGCCUUACCUUGAGUUGUGUCUGAAGGCCCAUGGUGACAGAAUCCACAAUAAUCUAUUAUUUACUUCAGGCUAGCAUCGUCAGAUUUCAUGAAUGGAAGCAGCCGAACCGAUGUUAGCAAAGCUGCACUGCAAGCCGAAACUCCCUCAAAAACACUUCAAACUGAGUUCGGUAGUUAGAGGUAGAAGGGAUUUUUUUUACGUGCAUACUGCUGAAUUAAUCGCUGGAAUUUGGUUACUCCGAAAUAGAGCUAAGUCCUCACGUAGCCACAGAACAGAGCAUCUGUAUGCGUCUUCCAGUGAUGACGCCGUCCCCCUGGAGCAGGCUUUUAGACCGGUAUUGCUUUCCAGAUGUGAUCAAAACUGACUGGUAAACAUAGGAAAAGCAUAAAAAAAUUAGAAUUGUAUUGCAAAAAUAACAACAUUCUCGUGGGGAAGAAAACAUGGACAGGUUCUUGCGAGUUUCGACGCUACCAAACUUUGUUUGAGGACGUUCCAGCUCGGCUGUUUCCAUUCAUGAAAUCUGACGAAAAUAAUAGAUUGUUAGAAGUAAAUAAUAGAUUAUUAUGGAUUAUUUCACCAUGGGCCUUAAGACACAACUGAAGGGAAGUGUAAUUUUACCCAAAUAUAGAUUUAGCGUGAACUAUCCCUUUAAAUGAUAUGCUGAAUCAGGUGUCUUAUUGCUGGGAUGGAACAUAUCUUAUUUUCCCCCUAGCAAAUGAAGAUGGACCGUAUGAAUCAGAUGGACGGGAACAUGCCUCCCCCAGGAGGCCCACAAGGACCCAUGCCACCUUUCCCUGGCCAGGGAGGACCCAUGCCCCCACCUCCACAGGGCUUCCCCCAGUCCAUGCCCCCUCAGCAGAUGCCCCACAACAUGGGGCCCCCCAUGGGCCCUGGCGUCAUGCAGGCUCCGUUCAUGCGCCCGGGCCAGAUGGGCCCCCCUCCAGGGUCCCAGCACCACCAGGGGCCUCCUCAGGGCAUGAUGGGUCCCCCGGACCUCCACGGGCCCCAGGGCAUGCAGAGGCACCCCGGCCCCCACAGAAACAUGGGCCCCCAGGGGCCUCAUGGCAUGCCUCCUGGACCCAGAGGGAUGCAGGGGCCCCCCGGAAACAUGCAGGGCCCCCCACCGGGAGGAAUGAUGGGGCCCCCUCCUCGAGGCCAGGGUCCUCCGCCUCAGGGGGGCAUGAUUCCCCCUCAGGGGAAUAUGAUGGGCCCACAGGGACCCAUCCAGGGCGGAGUAGGGAUGGGGCCUCCCAUGCAGAACCCUCCCAGGACACACGGCAACAUGCCAGGCAUGGGGGGCAUGCACGGGAUGGGCAACAUGCAGGGGCCACCUCCGGGUGGGAUGCACGGGCCCCCACCGGGUAACAUGCAAGGACCACCCGGCAACAUGCAGGGCCCCCCUGGAAACAUGCAAGGGCCCCCCGGUAACAUGCAAGGACCCCCAGGCAAUAUGCAGGGCCCACCAGGCAACAUGCAGGGGCCUCCGUCCUACAUGCAGCACCAGGUGAGAUUGUCAAACUAGCUGUAAAACAAAAUAAAUGUGUUGAAAAUAUGAAGGUAGGCUCAUUUCAUAAGAAUAUGGCAAGAGCUUUGGUUGAAUCUAAAGAGGUAAAUGUUCAUCUGGGUUGGGUAGUUCAGUGGCGGUAAUUGUAGCAACAUUGUAUUGUUGGUUAGCCAACUUGCUAGCUACAUUGAGUUCAAAUUCAAUACUUAAGCAGUAGGGCUGUUUGUGUGCAACAUGAGAUGAUGCAAAAUGGUUCAAUUCAAUGCUUGUUGAAACGCACCCAUUUGUGUUGUUUACAAAAAGUCUCAAAUCCUAAAAACAACAUUUCUCACAGGUGGGCCAAAACACUGGCCCCAUGAUGCAUGCGAUGGGACAGCAAGGACCCAAUGGCAAAGGUAGGAGAACACAAAUUCUCAUAAGUAAGAUAAAAUCUUAAGUUUAUUGGUCGCUUACACAGAUUUGCAGAUGUUAUCGCAGUUGCAGUGAAAUGCUUGUGUUUCUAUCUCCAACAGUGCAGUAAUAACUAGCAAUAAACUAUAUGCACAUAAUCAACAAAAUAAAAAUCUGAAAUUAAGCAAUAUCAGAACGAGCAAUGUCCGAGACCUGAAUAUAAAUACACUACAUGGCCAAAAGUAUUUGGUCAACCCUUCAAAUUAAAGGUUUCGGUUAUUUCAGCCACACCCGUUGCUGACAGUUUUAUAAAAUCGAGCACACAGCCAUGCAAUAUCCAUAGGCAAACAUUGGCAGUAGAAUGGCCUUACUGAAGAGCUCAGUGACAUUCAACGUGGCAGCGUCAUAGGAUGCCACCUUUCCAACAAGUCAGUUUGUCAAAUUUCUGCCCUGCUAGAGCUGCCCCGGUCAACUGUAAGUGCUGUUAUUGUGAAGUGGAAACGUCUAGGAGCAACAGCGGCUCAGCCGUGAAGUGGUAGGUCACACAAGCUCACAGAACGGGUACUCCGAGUGCUGUAGCGCGUAAAGAUCGUCUCUCCUUAGUUGCAACACUCACUACCGAGUUCCAAACUGCCUCUGGAAGCAACAUCAGCACAAGAACUGUUCUUCGGGAGCUUCAUGAAAUGGGUUUCCAUGGCCGAGCAGCCGCACACAAGCCUAAGAUCACGAUGCGCAAUGCCAAGCGUCAGCUGGAGUGAUGUAAAGUUUGCUGCCAUUGUACUCUGGAGCAGUGGAAAUGUGUGUGAUGAAUCAGGGAUGAAUCACGCUUCACCAUCUGGCAGUCCAACGGACGAAUCUGGUAAUAAAGCUGAUUGUGUUGAAACUGUCGCUAUAAUAAAACUGGCUCUCAUGAGGACCGCCACAGGAAUGGAAGACCCAGAGUUACCUCUGCUGCAGAGGAUAAGUUCAUUAGAGCCACCAGCCUCAGAAAUUGCAGCCAAAAGAAAUGCAUCACAGAGAUCAAGUAACAGACACAUCUCAACAUCAACUGUUCAGAGGAUACUGUGUGAAUUGCUGCAAAGAAACCACUACUAAAGGACACCAAUAAUAAGAAGAGACCUGCUUGGGCCAAGAAACACAAGCAAUGGACAUUAGACCGGUGGAAAUGUGUCCUAUUGUCUGGAGUCCAAAUUGGAGAUUUUUGGUUCCAACCGCCGUGUCUUUGUGAGAUGCGGUGUGGGUGAACGGAUGAUAUCCGGAAUGUAGUUCCCACCGUAAAGCAUGGAGGAGGAGGUGUUAUGGUGUGGGGGCGCUUUGCUGGUGACACUUGUCUGUGAUUUAUUUAGAAUUCAAGGCACACUUAACCAGCAUGGCUACCACAGCAUUCUGCAGCAAUACGCCAUCCCAUCUGGUUUGGGAUUAGUGGGACUAUCAUUUGUUUUUCAACAGGACAAUGACCCAACACACCUCCAGGCUGUGUAAGGGCUAUUUUACCAAGAAGGAGAGUGAUGGAGUGCUGCAUCAUCAGAUGACCUGGCCUCCACAAUCCCCCGACCUCAACCAAAUUGAGAUGGUUUGGGAUGAGUCAGACCGCAGAGUGAAGGAAAAGAAGACAAGUGCUCAGCAUAUGUGGGAACUCCUUCAAGACUGUUGGAAAAGCAUUCCAGGUGAAGCUGGUUGAGAGAAUGCCAAGAGUGUGCAAAGCUGUCAUCAAGGCAAAGGGUGGCUAUUUGAAGAAUCUCAAAUAUAAAAUAUUUUUUGAUUUGUUUAACACAUUUUUGGUUACUACAUGAUUCAAUAUGUGUUGUUUCAUAGUUUUAAUGUCUUCACUAUUAUUCUACAAUGUAGAAAAUAGUAAAAAUAAAGAAAAACCCUUGAAUGAGUAGGUGUGUCCAAACUUUUGACUGGUACUGUACGUACGUACGUACAUACAGUGCAUUCGGAAAGUAUUCAGACCCCUUCCCUUUUUCCACAUUUUUUUACAUUACAGCCUUAUUCUAAAAUUGAUUAAAUUAAUGUAUUUCCUCAUCAAUCUACACACACUACCCCAUAAUGACAAAGCGAAAACAGGUUUUUAGAAAUGUUUGCAAAUCCAUUAAAAAUAAAAAGUAUAGAGAUCCUUGAUGAAAACCUGCUUCAGAGCGCUCAAGACAUCAGACUGGGGCAGAAGUUGACCUUCCAACAGGACAACAACCCUAAGCACACAGCCAAGACAAAGUAGGAGUGGCUUCGGGACAAGUCUCUGAAUGUCCUUGAGUGGCCCAGCCAGAGCCCGGACUUGAACCCGAUCAAAGAUCUCUGGAGAGACCUGAACAUAGCUGUGCAGCGACGCUCUCCAUCCAACCAGACAGAGCUUGAGAGAAGAAUGGAAGAAACUCCCCAAAUAUAGUUGUGCCAAGCUUGUAGUGUCAUGCCAAAGAAGACUUGAGGCUGUAAUCGCUGCCAAAGGUGCUUCAAUAAGUACUGAGUUAAAGGGUCUGAAUACUUACAGUGCAUUCAGAAAGUAUUCAGACGUUCCCCUUUUCCACAUUUUGUUACGUUACAACCUUAUUCUAAAAUGUAUAACAAAUAUUAUAAAAACUCAGCAAUUUACCCAUAAUGACAAUACAGAAAUACCUUUAUUUACAAGUAUUCAGACCCUUUGCUAUGAGACUAGAAAUUGAGCUCAGGUGCAUCCUGUUUCCAUUGAUCAUCCUUGAGAUGUUUAUACAACUUGAUUGGAGUCCACCUGUGGUAAAUUCAAUUGAUAGGCUAUGAUUUGGAAAGGCACACACCUGUCUAUACAAGGUCCCACAAUUGACAGUGCAUGUUAGAGCAAAAACCAAGCCAUGAAGUCGAAUGAAAUGUCCGUAGAGCUCAGAGACAGCAUUUUGUCGAGGCACAGAUUUGGGGAAGGGUACCAAAAUUAACAUUACAUUUUCUGCCAACCGCUCUGGUGGACAUUCCUGCAGUCAGCAUACCAAUUGCGUGAUCCCUCAAAACUUGAGUCAUCUGUGGCAUUGUGUUGUGUGACAAAACUGUUGCAUUUUAGAGUGGCCUUUUGUUGUCCCCAGCACAAGGUGCACCUGUUUUAAUGAUCAUGCUGUUUAAUCAGUUAUUGAUACGCCACACCUGUCAAAGGAGAAAUGCUCACUAACCGGGAUGUAAACAAAUUGGUACACAACAUUUGAGAGAAAUAAGCUUUUUGUGCGUAUGGAACAUUUCUGGGAUCUUUUUAUGUCAGCUCAUAAAACAUGGGACCAACACUUUACAUUUACAUGCGUUUCUAGUUUUGUUCAGUGUAUAUACAUAUAAUGGUGUGUAAAGACAGUAUAUGAAUAGAAAAGGUGUGUACAGCAGUAGUUAUAUAGGAUGAGCCAUGACUAGAAUACAGUAUAUACAUAUAAAGUGGGUAAAACAGUAUAUAAACAUAAUAAACUAAAGUGACCAGGGAAGAUGACUUUUCAAACACAUACUGUAGUACGGAAUACAGUUGAUACCUACUGGCAUAAACACUUGGGGCCGGUUUCCCAGACACAGAUUAAGCCUAGUCCUGGACUAAAAAGCAUUCUCAAUGGCGAUUCUCAAUUGAAAGUGCUUUUAUGUUUUGUCUGACUGUUUUCUCUCUGAAUUCUCCCAAGGAGAUACCCGAGGGCCUCCCAAUCACCACAUGGGUCCUCCACCUGGGGGACAGGGCGGCCCUGGGGGCCCUGACCAGGGCUCUGGUUCUUACUGGGGAGACUCUCAGCAGGGGCGCCGAUCCUCCGACUUCAAUGAAGGUGGCCAGGACUUCCACGGACGGGGAGAGGAGAGCUGGAGGAGAGGGUCCAGCCAGGACUACCAGGGAGGCCACAGAGGAGGAGGGGGAGGGCAAGGGGGAGGAGGGGGGAAUGGGGGAAACUGGGGCUCUUCUGAGGAAAGAUUCCCCCGCGAUGGGGGAGAGUUCCGAGGCCGAAGGGAUGACCGGUGAGCUUACCUUGCUUUUCGGUUGUGACCUUUUAACCUCACGUCUGUCUUUACUUGUGUCCGUGCCGCCAACUCUACCGGCUCUCUAACCUGCAUCUUUGUACAGUGUUUACCUGUACCUCUACACCUUAAACCAUACAGUGUUUACCUGUACCUCUACACCUUAAACCAUACAGUGUUUACCUGUACCUCUACACCUUAAACCAUACAGUGUUUACCUGUACUACAUCCUACUUUACUUACCUCUAACCUACCAUACAGUGUUUACCUGUACCUCUACACCUUAAACCAUACAGUGUUUACCUGUACCUCUACACCUUAAACCAUACAGUGUUUACCUGUACCUCUACACCUUAAACCAUACAGUGUUUACCUGUACCUCUACACCUUAAACCAUACAGUGUUUACCUGUACCUCUACACCUUAAACCAUACAGUGUUUACCUGUACCUCUACACCUUAAAUCUCACCUACUUUUUCAUCAUUCUCAUCUUAACCGCAACCUUCGUCUUUCAAACCUACCUUUGCUCUGACCCUUAACUUACUAUAUUAGUGGCUCUAUGGGUUGCUUCCGUCUCGGUUUGCUCAAACUCUGGGCUUAUAUGCGUGUGUGCAUGUCAGGUUUGUUGGUUAUGGGGGUCCAGGAGAGGAGUUUGACCAGAGGCAGAGAGACCGACUGCCUCCACCGAGGCAUGGCCAGGACUCAGACGACACGUGGGUCUAACUAUUAACUUGCCUACUAACUCACUGACUAAAUGUCCUACUAUCUCGCCGACUAACGUUCCUACCAACUCGCCACCUAGCUUUUCUACUAACUCACAAACUGUCCUAACUGGCAACCUAGCCUUCCUACAAACCCAUCUACUAACCUGCAGACCAACUUUCCUACUAACUACAUACUGUCAAAAUACACUGUAAAAACUAGAACACAGACAUUAUGCAUACCAAGGCCAGGAUUCAAUCCAAGUCACGUUAUAGAGCAGCGCAUUAUAACAGACUUUAAAAGGACAUUUACGCUUGAGCCGACAUGUGCAUAGUUCACCCUGAAUGCGAUCUCCGCGAACGUCUGGGAAAAUGAAUUUAAAAGGUGCAUUGUCGGCUGUCUAGUGCACUGCUCUUUAACGCAUCUUGGCUUGCCCAAGUUAUCUUCAUAGUGGAUGUUUCCUCUAAUAACAGCAGCUGAGGUUGUGUUUUGUAUCAUGUAUUUUGACUAGCAGUUGCAGUAUCACGCAUCACACUGCUGAGUGUAAGCACAAUCAUAUGUGAUUUGUUUUAUAGCCUUUACUUAGUGUCCUAAGGUGUGAACCUCUCUUUUUUGAAAUAAAGGGUCUAGCAUGGACAGUGGGACAUGGAUGUUUCAACUGGCCUGCUGUAUCUCCACUUAAACUGUGUCCCUUUUCUGUGCAGGUACAGAGGGGUUGGACAGGGUCGCCCUGGGGGGAGGGGGUUCCCUGAUGAGUUUGGUGGGCAGGAGGAGAACUUUGACGCCUCAAAUGAGAUGGCCGGAGGUUGGGACAACGGAGGGAGGGGGAGACCCCCCCGAGGAGGGGGCCCACCCAGAGGAGGAGGUGAGACCAGCUGAGUUUGUUGUCCGUCCUUCUUUUAUGAUCUGUCUCUGUCCUUAUCUAGUUCUCUCUCUACCUCUUUCUCGUCUGUCUGUAUCUGUCCAUCAAUCUAUGGGUGCUAUCUUUCAUUCAUCCGUCGGUUGUUACCUCAGGAGGUGGUGGAGGUGGACGCCAGGGCUUGCUCCCCACCCCUGAUGAGUUCCCCCCACACUAUGAGGGAGGCAGAAGUCAGGAGGCCUGGGAGGGCGGGCAAGAUCAAGGUAAAGGGGCUGUCUUAUCAAACCAGGGUAGCGUGGCAGGCCAACAGCUCCCAACUCUAGCCAUAAGGAAAUAAUAGCGUAGUAGGCUAACCCUUACAGAAGUCAUGGCUAGCAGCCAGUCUCCCUCGUUAAAGUUAGUGAAAGGACUAAUCAAUGUAUAUGGCAGCCCCAGAGGAUUUUUAGUGUGACACUACUAAGGAAUUUAUUUUUUAGGGGUUCAUUUUGACAGCUCAGCGCCAGGUUAUGAAAUAAAUGGUGCCACAAGUAUUGUGAGGUAAUAGUGUCAGUUUUAUCCACAUCUCCCCAUUUUGACCCUGUUGGGCAAUUACUCUGUGUUCAUGUAAUUGUGUGUGUGUGCUUCUGUACGUGUGUGCUCCUGUUUGUGCCUGUGUGCUCCCAGGUCACGAGGCUUACAGAGAAGGUCAGCGCUCAGAGCACGGCCCGCCGCACGACAGCCCGUCCCCUGCUAGCCGUGAGCGCUCCUCCUCCCUGCAAGGCAUGGACAUGGCCUCGCUGCCCCCACGCAAACGCCCGUGGCACGACGGCCCGGGUACCGGAGACCAAGACUCCCCGGGAGCAGGGGUAGAGGACAGGACAGCAGGUAUACAGGGGAGAGGGGUUAGGGGUGGUAUUUGUGUGUGUGACUAAGAGAACUGGAGGGCUUUGUGUGUGUGUGUGACAAUGGCUGAUGCUAAGGCUGUGAGUCAUGUAUCCAUUACUUGUCAUGUCAUGGUGACUUUGAACUACUAGCCUAUCCCCCACCAUGUCUUCUUUAUUUCCCUUACAGUGCAUUCGGAAAGUAUUCAGACCCCUUGACUUUUUCCACAUUUUGUUACGUUACAGCCUUAUUCUAAAAUUGAUUAAAUCAAAAAAAUCGACACACAGUACCCGAUAAUGACAAAGCGAAAAGAGGUCUUUAGAAAUGUUUGAAAAUUUUUUUUACAUAAGUAUUUAGACCCUUUGCUAUGAGACUUGAAAUUGAGCUCCGGUGCAUCCUGUUUCCAUUGAUCAUUCUUGAGAUGUUUCAACAACUUCAUUGGGAUUCCACUUGUGGUAAUUGAUUGGACAUGAUUUGGAAAAGCACACACCUGUCUAUAUAAGGUCCCACAGUUGACAGUGCAUGUCAUAGCAAAAACCAAGCCAUGAGGUCGAAGGAGUUGUCGAUAGAGCUCUGAGACAGCAUUGUGUCGAGGCACAGAUCUGGGGAAGGGUACCAAAACAUUUCUGCAGCAUUGAAGGUCCCAAAGAACACAGUGGCCUCCAUCAUUCUUAAAUGGAAGAAGUUUGGGACCACCAAGACUCUUCCUAGAGCUGGCCGCCCGGCCAAACUGAGAAAUUGUAACUAUUUUGCACUUUGGCCUAUUUAUUGCCUUACCUCCAUAACUUACUACAUUCGCACACACUGUAUAUAUAUUUUCUGUUUGUAUUUUUGACUUAAUGUUUUGUUUACCCCAUAUGUAACUCUGUGUUGUUUUUAUCGCACUGCUUUGCUUUAUCUUGGCCAGGUCGCAGUUGUAAAUGAGAACUUGUUCUCAACUGGCUUACCUGGUUAAAUAAAGGUGAAAUAAAAUAAAAAAUAAAAUUGGGGGAGAAGGGCCUUGGUCAGGAGGUGACCAAGAACCCGAUGGUGACUCUGACAGAGCUCCAGAGUUCCUCUGUGGAGAUGGGAGAACCUUCCAGAAGGACAACCAUCUCUGCAGCACGCCACCAAUCAGGCCUUUAUGGUAGUGGCCAGACGCAAGCCACUCCUCAGUAAAAGGCACAUGACAGCCCGCUUGGAGUUUGCCAAAAGGCACCUAAAGGACUCUGACCAUGAGAAACCAUAUUCUCUGGUCUGAUGAAACCAAGAUUGAACUCUUUAGCCUGAAUGCCAAUCGUCACGUCUGGAGGAAACCUGGCACCAUCCCUACGGUGAAGGAUGGUGGUGGAAGCAUCAUGCUGUGGGGAUGUUUUUCAGCAGCAGGGACUGGUGACUAGUCAGGAUCGAGGGGAAGAUGAAUGGUGCAAAGUACAGAGAGAUCCUUGAUGAAAACCUGCUCCAGUGCACUUAGAACCUCAGACUGGGGCGAAGGUUCACCUUCCAACAGGACAACAACACUAAGCACACAGCCAAGACAACGCAGGAGUGGCUUCGGGACAAGUCUCUGAAUGUCCUUGAGUGGCCCAGCCAGAGCCCGGACUUGAAUCCGAUCUAAAAUCUCUGCAGAGACCUGAAAAUAGCUGUGCAGCGACACUCCCCAUCCAACCUGUCAGAGCUUGAGAGAAUCUGCAGAGAAGAAUGCGGAGAAACUCCCCAAAUACAGGUGUGCCAAGCUUGUAGCCUCAUACCCAAGAAGACUCAAAGCUGUAAUCGCUGCCAAAGGUGCUUCAACAAAGUACUGAUUAAAGUGUCUGAAUAUUUAUGUAAAUGUUAUAUUUCCGUUUUAUAACAUUUGCAAAAAUUUCUAAAAACAUAUUUUUGCUUUGUCAUUUUGGGGUAUUGUGUGUAGAUUGAGGUGGGGGGGAAAAAAAUAAUGUAAUACAUUUUAGAAUAAGGCUGUAACGUAACAAAAUGGGGAAAAAGGAAAGGGUUCUGAAUACUUUCCGAACGCACUGUAUUGAGAUUUCUAUAAUCUGUCUUUGCAUGUCAUACUUUGUUGGUAUUAGGGUGGAGGUUUUAUGUCCUGAUUUGAAAUGGAACAGAGUCCAACCCCAGUCUCUUGUCCCUCUGCUGCUCUCUCCAGGCCGACCCCCCCAGAGAGAGGAAGGCGGCGGCUAUGGGCCCUCGUCCCGCGGCGGGAGAGGGGGUUGGAGGGGGGCGCCCCGCGGGGCCCCCAGGGGAGGAGGGCGUGGCCGGUAGGACUGAAGGAACAACUCACUACCAAACCUACACUCUCUUUCCCCCAAUCCCCUUCUCCCUGCUAUUCACCCCCGCAAAGAGGACAGGGACCAAAAAGAGACACACAACCACUACCGCCACCUCCUGUCCCCCAGAUCAGUGGAUCAUCUCUGGGCUCAGACUACACCUCUUCAGGCCUGUUUGUAAGGCUGGAGGAUGGAUUGUUUACUGUGUGUAUAGGGGCCUCUGUGGAGUGGAAAAGGGCCUUUAUUGCUGAAUGUGUCAAGCCUCAGAUCUCUCACUACAGGAUGGACGAGUUGCUAUCUUUACAUUUGGAUCCUUUAGAUGACAGAUUCCGCCCUAUGGCUCUUUGCCACACUCAUUCUGAUUGGUCGCUGCAGGUGUUGUCUAGUGGCCUGAUUUGGACACAGGAUGGGUAUGACAAGCUGAAGCAAUCACUG